CCCAUUCUUUCCUUUAAUUUGCUGCUUGUUCCCUCUCUACCUCCCCCCGUAAUUAUAUAUAAAUACCCAACUCCCCAAUCGCAUAUCCCUCAGGAAAGUAGCUAGCUCGCUAUCUUAAGCUUGCAAAAAGUUCCCCAUACUCACUUAUUAUUGAUUGUAUCAAUAUAUACAUAACGACUCCGGCCAAAGAUCUGCCACCAACCCCUCCGCCGCAAGCUAAGCAAAUGGAGUACUCCCUCCUCCAAAGCGCCCUCUACCUCGCCCUCCCUCUUCUCCUCCUCCUCCUCCUGGUUCCAUUCCUCACGCGCCGCCGCAGCCGCCUCCCACUCCCGCCUGGGCCCAAGGGCCUGCCCAUAAUCGGUAACAUGCUGAUGAUGGACCAGCUCACUCACCGUGGGCUUGCCAAGCUAGCCCAGCAGUGGGGCGGGAUCUUCCACAUGAAGAUGGGGAACCUCCACAUGGUGACGGUGUCGUCCCCGGAAGUGGCGCGGCAGGUCUUGCAGGUUCAGGACAACAUCUUCUCCAACCGCCCCGCCAACAUCGCAAUCAGCUACCUCACCUACGACCGCUCCGACAUGGCCUUCGCCCACUACGGUCCCUUCUGGCGCCAGAUGCGCAAAAUCAGCGUCAUGAAGCUCUUCAGCCGCAAGCGGGCCGAGUCAUGGGAGUCCGUCCGAGACGAGGUCGACUCCAUGGUCUCCACCGUUGCCGCCAACGCCGGCAAGGCCAUGAACGUCGGGGAGCUCAUCUUCACCCUCACCAUGAACAUCACGUACCGUGCGGCUUUCGGCUCCAAGAACGAGGGCCAGGACGAGUUCAUCAAGAUUCUCCAGGAGUUCUCCAAGCUGUUUGGGGCUUUCAACAUUGCUGAUUUCAUCCCUGGGCUAGGAUGGAUGGACCCACAGGGCCUCAACUCUAGGCUUGUCAAGGCCAGAGGUGCUCUUGAUAAAUUUAUUGAUAAAAUCGUGGACGAGCACCUGGAGAAGAGGAGGCUCAACCAGGCUGACGAUCCUAACCCGGACAUGGUGGACGAGUUGCUGGCUUUCUACGACGACGACAACAACAGCAACAAGAACAAGGCUACCGAUAACUCCGCCGACUCUCUAAAGCUUACCAAGGACAACAUCAAAGCCAUCAUCAUGGAUGUUAUGUUUGGUGGGACUGAAACCGUAGCGUCGGCAAUCGAGUGGACAAUGACUGAACUGAUGAAGAGCCCGGAGGACCUGCGAGUGGUUCAGGAAGAGCUGGCGGAGGUUGUCGGCUUGGACCGCCGGGUUGAAGAGAGCGACUUCGAGAAGUUGAGCUUCCUGAAGUGCACGUUGAAGGAGACGUUGCGUCUCCACCCGCCAAUUCCGCUGCUCCUCCACGAGACGGCGGAGGAUGCCGAGGUGUGCGGCUAUUUCGUUCCGAAGAGGUCGCGGGUGAUGAUCAACGCGUUCGCAAUCGGGCGUGAUCGGAACUCGUGGCCCGACCCGGACACAUUCAAGCCGGCCAGGUUUCUCAAGGAAGGGAUGCCAGACUUCAAGGGGAGCAACUUCGAGUUCCUGCCGUUUGGGUCGGGUCGGAGGUCCUGCCCAGGGAUGCAGCUGGGUCUGUAUGCACUAGAUCUUGGGGUGGCCCACUUGCUCCACUGCUUCAAGUGGGAGCUGCCCGACGGGAUGAAGCCCAAUGAUUUGGAUAUGAGUGAUGUUUUCGGACUCACCGCUCCUCGGGCCACCCGACUCGUGGCUGUGCCCACUCCGAGGUUGACAUGCCCGCUGUAACUAUUGCUUUCUCAUUUGUAGACUAUUUUUUCUUCCUUAUUUUUUCUGAAACAAAAGAAGAUA